AUGGUCACCCAGGUGAUAUUGAUCAUAUCUCUCUUCAACUUCCCUCUCACCAGUUUGGCUACCCUUUCUUUCCUGACAGUGCAGGCACUGGCGUUCAACAACAUCCUCCCCGACCUCAUGGAAUUUUACCAGGAAAUGGACACUCGGAGGGCUCUGGUGGAUAGCGUGAUUGACCACGCAGCGCGGCUAGACCGCAUCUAUUGCUCGCUGCCCAGUGCCAUUCUUGCAGAUAUGACGAUCACGACGUCAACGGUAGUGGGGCUGGCGUUGAACCUACGCAAGUGUCUUGUGCUGGUCCAGUCGACUGUGUUCCAGGCUAGGCUGCAGCAGUAUAUCCUAGAGCAGUGCCCUGAGCUGUCUCAGAUUCAGGUUGUGCGCUCGUGUAAGUACCUUGGCAUGAUGAUUGGUGUCUCUGCCCACGAAUGCUACUGGUCGAAACCGGUGGCGAAGUUCGCUCCGCGGGUGGGAGAGGUGCGUCAGGCUGGUCUAACUCUUGCGAAGAACAUCCCGACUUUCAACACUCUAUGUCUUAGCCUACUAUCCUUUGUCAUGCAGUUUGCACCUCUCUCUAGGCCGGUGAUUGCAGCGUAUAAGAAUGCCUUGCAGCUCUUAGUGGUGGGGCCGCGCUUUAGUUUCAACUACGAGAUGCUGACGAAUAUGACCUCUCUGGGGUUCCCUGGUCAGUUCAAAAACUUGGAGGCGGUGUCUCGGGCUACGAAGUUCCGACUGGUCUCGAAGUGCUCGGAGAUUCUUGAGAUUCUUGAGGUCGACAUCCCUGAGGUCUGCAGCUCGGACGAUUCGUGCAUCCUGCGGACGCGUCCUGGCGCCCUGAGGCUCCGGGCCAGGCAGGCGCCGGGGAGCUCGUACGCCCCCGCCCUGAACAGGGCUCGCGGCGACCCGGAGCCGAGGGACGUGGCCCUGCCGGACGGCUCGACGCUGCGGGUCGGGCUCGCGACGGACUCGCUGGCGUACUGCCUGCUGGCAGCCCACGGGGACGGGGCGCUGUUCAUAGACGUGCGCCCGCGUGAGGCUUUCAACCGCUCCCACAUACACGGCGCGUGGUGGCUGGAGCACCUGGCCCAGGAGCCGCCGAAGUCUCCCGCAGCGGCCCCCCUGAAGACAAAGCAGGCCGGGGCCAGCAACGCGAGCACCAGCACCGCUGCCAGCUCCACCGCGCCCCCAGCGCGCCCGGCGGCGGACAGCGAGGAGGCCGCGGCGGCGUGGGAGACGGCCGUGCGCCAGCGCUGCAGCCUGCGCACCGUGGUGGUCUACGGUGCCGAGAGUGGCGCCCUCAAGGACCCAGCCGUGCUGGGAGCGCUGAGACAGCUGGCUCGGCUGGCGGUGCGCCCGAAGGGGCAGCUGCUCGUGCUCCGUGGAGGAUUUGCGGCGUUCACGCGCCGCUUCGCCUUCUGCGCGCGCAAGCAAGGCGCAGAGAGCUCCCAGCCGCUGCCGCCCAGCCCGGCGGAGAUCCUGCCGCCCGGCUGCAGCGCCGCGCGCGGGCCGCCCGCUCUCUACUUGGGCACGGAGCGCUGCCUGCGCGAGCCGGGCGCCGAGAAGGUGCUCGCUGCACUCGGCGUGCAGGUGGUGGUCAAUCUCAGCGGGCAGCCUUGCACCCCUCGCAAGAAGGUGGGCAAGGUGGUCGAGGUGCGGCCUGCGCCCGCGGGCGGCGAGUCGAUCGUGGCGACCGCGCGGGAGGCGUGCGAGAAGGUGCGCAGGCAGGGCGGGCCCUGCCUCCUGUACGGGCCCGCCGCAGCGCUGGCCGCGGCGAUGCUGGCGGCGGAGGCGCUGCCCUCGGCCGUGCGCACCAGCGACGAGGCGGACGCGUGGGUGCGGCUCCGGUUUCCGGCCAUGCCCGUGCUCGACAAUGCCGCCAG